UUGAAAGUUUUGAGAACUUAUAAAAAAAUGAUGGAAUCAUCAUUAGACUUUAGACAGGAAGAGAAAGUACAAAUAUGCGGUGAUUAUAUAGUUGCAGUGUGGUGUGUGCGAAUAAAUUCUCGCGCAAGUCGCUUCCAGGUCGACGUGG